CUGUGCGGCGCAGCGUGGUGGUGGAGGUCAUAGAAAAGGAAGAAGGGAAGGAAAACCGUGGAUCAGCUUGUCAAACCUGAAUGUUCAGCGUUAACUAACAGCCGAUACGGAACUGAUCCCUGUUUUCAGAUAAACUUCUUUUUUUAAGAAGACGAGUAGUAAUACUUUAGAGUUAGCAAUCAAACGUGGCUUCAUGCUGCGGAACAGGACUGAAUACAAGGACUGCUGUCAAAACCUUAGCUAGCCAGGUGGCUAGCUAGAUAACAAGCUAACCUUUUUGGACUGACAUUGUCGGGAUAGCUCCUUAGUUGCUUCUCUUUUUGUUCCAGAAAAAAAAUGGAUAAUAAUACCCCGGGUUCGGGUGGAUUUAAAGGCGGAUUUGGGAAUCUCUUUGGAGGGGGGGCUCCCGAAUAUUCUCACUCUGAGCUUGCUGGGGUGCCAUUAACUGGAAUGAGCCCCCUGUCUCCCUACCUCAACGUCGAUCCUCGUUACCUGGUCCAGGACACAGAUGAGUUCAUCCUGCCCACAGGCGCCAGCAAGACGCGUGGGCGCUUCGAGCUGGCCUUCUUCACUAUCGGGGGGUGUUGUAUUACAGGUGCUGCCUUUGGAACGCUCAACGGGCUUCGCAUGGGAUUGAAGGAGACCAGAGACAUGACCUGGUCCAAACCCCGCAACGUCCAGAUCCUGAACAUGGUGACGCGGCAGGGGGCAUCCUGGGCGAACACCCUGGGCUCUCUGGCCUUGCUGUACAGCGUGUUUGGGGUGGCGAUUGAGAAGGCCAGGGGGGCGGAGGACGACAUCAACACGGUUGCAGCGGGGACUCUGACGGGCAUGCUAUACAAAUCCACAGGUGGUCUGCGUGGGGUGGCUAGAGGGGGGCUGGUGGGCCUGGCCAUGUCAGGAGCAUACGCCCUCUACAACAACUGGGAUCAUCUGACGGGCAGCUCAGCCCGGUACUUCUGAGCCGGGCAUGAUGGGAUACUGAAGGACUGGCGGGCCAACGAAGAGAUUCGAAACUGGACCGGAGCUCACUCGCGCCUUAUCCUCUGUAUCCCCCGUCCCUACGCAGUGGGGCUGAAACGGACCCGUUCAAACCCAGCAGCUCUACUCUGGGCUGCCAUAGCUGUCAGAUGGAGUACGUGGUGUUCAGGUGACAGGUGCUGCUUCGAGUGUUAAAGAGCACAAGACCUGUGCAGUGUUUUCCUCCGUUAUGGAAAAGUGCCGCAUUUCGCUGAGGGGAGGGGAAAAGAGACACGUCGUUCAUGACGUCAGAUCGGAUCGGGGAAGACUGAACCGACCCUUGCAGUUGCCGUCACUCAACACACAAAACCCCCUGUAACUCACGUGAUACUCAUAGUCCCUCAGUUUGUGAUCCUUGUCCAUCAUAGGGAACAAAAUGUGUCAAUGGCUUCACAAUUCUCAGACUCAGUCUACACUGUAUAUAAGGGCCUUACAAUCAAGACUGUUGGUGAGCCUCCUCACAUCAGUGCUUUUUACUGUAAAGUCUUCCUUUUAGGUAUCCUUGUGCUCCACUGUCUUUGCAUGUGGUUUUGUCGCCUUUGACUCUGUACUGUGGAAUAAAAGAAACACGGGGGAGGAAGCCCUGACCACUGUCACCACGUUUAGUCUAAGUGCGUCUCUUAACAUGAUCAUGUGAUCUUUCAGUGCAAAUAUCAGAUGGACAGUGUUUAUAUU